UAUCUACAAAUUCAGUGCAAGUUCAAGUUUCUGAGCUGGAAGUAUAACCUAUUUUUACCUACACAAGAUACCUGUUACAGCUGAAAUGUGAAAAAUAACUUUAAAAGUGCGUGCUCAUAGUGGUUUGUUUAUCAGAGUGUUUUCAGUCAAUUUUUAGGCAUCACAAAUGCCCUCACUCCCUUAUGUGUCAAAGUACUCAAUCAACUAACUUAAUCAACAAGUUUAGACGAAGCAGCGUAUAAUUUUGCGUUUAGAAUCAAGAUGCGGCAAAACAAAAAAAGAGAGUCUCAAUCCCAAAAGAAUUUGAAAAAAUUGAAGGAGAAUGGAUUCUUGCUCUGCACUGUGGCUGGUGUCAUCAUCGGUGGAUUGGUAGGUUACAGUCUCCGGCCGUAUAAGCUGAGCCCAGGAGAAAUCGGCAUAAUAUCUUACCCGGGAGAAAUUUACUUUCGAGCGUUGAAAUUGAUGAUGUUGCCAUUUGUAGCAGUUUGUAUUACGACAGGAACGGCAACUUUGAAUGUCAAGAAGAAUGGGAUAAUUGCGGUGAGGGCCGCGAUUUACUUCUUAAUCACCACUUUCAUUACCACUGCUUUUGGAAUUUUACUGAGUGUUUGGAUCCAUCCCGGGAGCCCUGGUGCAGUGAGAAACAUUUUAAGGAAUGAUAGCAGGCCUGCACUGUCGACCCUCGAUAAUUUGUUUGAUAUUGGCAGAAAUAUUAUUUCGGACAACAUUCUUUCGUCCUCUUUCGAAUCGACUGUAUCAAAGUACGUUCCGAAGACAAAUGGCACCUACGAAAAAGUUAUUGGUUCAAGGCCUGGAACAAAUAUGCUUGGCAUUGUGACAUUUUUCAUCCUGUUCGGCUCCGUGUUAGGUGGACUCGGUAAGAAAGCAAAAGUGGCAGUGGAUUUUUUCACGAUUUUAUACGAGGCACUUUUGAAAAUACUCAUGGGAGUUGUUUGGUUCACUCCUGUUGCCGUAGGAAGCAUCAUCUGUGCCAAAAUUUACUCCGUGCCGGACAUAGGUCAAACAUUCAGCCAACUGGCGUGGUUUAUGGCGACCGCUCUGAUUGGUUUGGCGACUCAUCAGUUUGUGUUUCUUCAGCUUCUGUACUUAAUAUUCCUUCGCUCGAAUCCGUUCUCCUAUUAUGUUCAGUUAAUGCCCUGUAUUUUGACUGCAUUCGCAACUUCGUCCAAGACUGCCUCAAUGCCAAUAUCAUUCGACAUCCUGGAGAGAAAGCUGCAGAAAAAUAAACGAAUUGUGCGCUUUGUACUUCCGUUGGGAAGCUUGAAUUUAAACGGAACUGGAUUAUUUAUGGUCACCGCUCUCAUUUUCAUCGCUCAAAUGAACAAUGUACCACUGGGGCUGUCUGAUUACAUCACUCUAGAGAUCAUCGUGUCUAUAAUGACGAUGUCAAUGGCGACCAUUCCCAGUGCCUCUCUGGUAACCAUUGUAAUGCUGUGCGGAACAAUUGGCGUGCCGUCUGACGAUGUUUCCUUGUUAUUCACGAUCGACUGGUUUAUGGAUCGAUGCAGAACUACGAACAAUAUUGUGGGUGAUUCUUAUGCCGUCGCAAUACUUGAGAGGCUUUCCGAAAAGGAGUUGAAUCGGUUAGAAACAGUGCCGGACGUGGAGGAAGCGAUACUUCCACAUUCCAAGAAGAACUCAAAUGAGGAAACGGUAGAAAGUAAGGUGGAACAAGUGUGAGCAGGCCCAAGAGGUCAUUUUCGUUGACCUCACUUUACCCGGCUUAAGUCUUCCCUCUGCGGCGUCUUUUCGAGGGCAUUCGCACCGAUGAACUCUGUUUCGGUUGGCAAAAUGGACGCAAAUUUCGAAUAUCAUCAGUUCAACCUUAAUCGUUGGAAAAUAUCUUUGACUUUUACGUGGCAAUCCCUGUCUCAGUGUUCCCAUAUCGCCACAUUCUAAUCCCGGCAAUAAUCAAGGAUUCCUGAUUAUUUUAAAUCUGCAUUUACCUACUGUAAAAGAUGCUUAUUGCAAACUUGGCUCGUCAAUAGUAUAGAUUCUGUUCAACGAGUUGUUAAAGCGGAGGUCUUCUUUCGCAUUUAUCGCAGUUUGCAAGCGACUCACAUGUUCUUUCGAUAAAUUGCGAUAAUAUACAUCGGCAUAAUGAAAAUUUUAAGGGUUGUGACUUUCACAAGUACGAUCUUGGCUUAGAGCGCCUUCAUAUUUUGUGAUACUCCAAGCAUUGUCCCAGAGUUAGUUUAGUUGCCUGUCCGAUCAAAAACCAACUAAUAUCACGGGGUUGACUUCAUGCUUCUCUGAGUGGGCUUAUUUUUACCAUUAUUUUACGGAGGGAAAAGUGUCUAUUCACACUAUAGGCAACGUAAUCAGCUCUGUAAUCUUGUUCUCUUAUUUUUGAAUUUUAUGCUUGUCUACAUUCAUUCACCCUGGCAUGCAAAUUGCUGGCGAUUGCUAAUAAUUGCCUGCGAUACAUACAUAUUCCGCUGUAAUGUGAUUGCCCAUUCCAAAAAUUUGCCAAACUCUGGAAAACAUUACGUUUCCACAUCAAGUGACAACAUUGUGAGAUCUUCAAGAUUUUUACACUGAAAAUCGACAACAGGCUGAGACAGACGGAGACGCCAGCCACGGCACGUCUGGUUUACCGUGGUGGCGGCAUUGUGGCGUGCGUCGCGUCGUCGCCGUAGUGGGUGUUGUCAACCGAAUGAAUGCGUCUUUAUUGGCAUCUUGGUUUAUCACUUCAAGACCAUACUUGCCGGAUUUCAUCGAAAAUAUGUGAAAGAAGAAAAAAACUAAUCGGACCUCAUUUUGCAAUAAAUAAUCAAGAGUUUCGGCUCAUUUUAGAAACAA